AUGAAGGUGCUGUCGCAGAAGCAGCAUUUGCUCGAGAUGAUCAAGAUAAAGUUCUUCAAUUCCGAGACAGGGGAAUACGACUUGCAGGGGAAGUUUCUGACGCUCAUUCAGCUUGAAGAUCAGCUGCUUCAGUUCUUUUCGGAAUAUGACACAUUUGUGGUCGAGGAACUACGAGAAGUUCUGGGAGUUGUAUCUCAAAUGAUCAUCGGUUCCCCUUACGAACGACGUUUUGGAAAGAUGUGCCUUGAUUUGCAGAAGCGUCUCCGCUAG